AUGCAGUGUUAUACAGAGCUGACGCCGCCCACGGCCGUCACCCAUUCCCUGGCGCUGCCUCUGAUAUCCGCCAAAGCGAACAACCUGGUCGUCGCAAAGUCGAGCCUUCUUCAGAUCUUCACGACAAAGACGGUCGCUGCCGAGGUUGACCCUCCCCGGGACCCCAAUGUCGCCAACAAGGGCGGCGCCGACCAACCUACGAUCCAGUACGACAGUCGGAUAAACGACGACGACGGGCUCGAAGCCUCCUUCCUCGGCGGUGAUGCUGUUCUGCUCAAGUCAGACCGGGCGAACAAUACGAAACUAGUCCUCGUCUCCGAGAUCUCUCUAUCGGGAACUGUGACGGGCCUGGCGCGCGUCAAGACGUUACGUCCAACCAAAUCGGGAGGCGAAGCGCUCCUCAUAGCCUUCAAAGACGCCAAGUUGAGUCUCGUCGAGUGGGACCCCGAGCGAUACGCACUAUCCACAACCUCCAUCCACUACUACGAACAAGACGAGCUCCAGGGCAGCCCUUGGGCAGCGCCUCUGAGCGACUAUGUCAACUUUCUCGCGGCCGAUCCCGGCAGCCGCUGCGCCGCGCUUAGAUUCGGCGCCAGAAACCUGGCGAUUCUCCCCUUCAGACAGAAAGACGAGGACAUUGAUAUGGAUGACUGGGAUGAAGAGCUGGAUGGGCCGCGGCAGGUCAAGGAGCAGCCAUCGGCCGUCGUCAAUGGAACUAGCAACAUAGAAGAGACACCAUAUUCACCUUCAUUUGUUCUACGGCUGCCCAAUCUUGACCCCGCGCUCCUUCAUCCCGUGCAUCUAGCCUUCCUGCAUGAGUAUAGAGAGCCCACCUUUGGCGUUCUCUCAUCGACCCAGGCACCGUCAUCUGUACUUGGCCGGAAGGACCACCUUUCUUACAUGGUCUUCACACUAGAUCUGUCACAAAAGGCAUCGACCACGAUUCUCUCCGUCAGCGGGCUCCCCCAGGACUUGUUCCGCAUCAUUGCCGUCCCUUCCCCUGUCGGAGGCGCGCUUCUGGUCGGCGCCAACGAGCUGAUACACAUCGACCAAUCUGGAAAGGCAAACGGCGCCGCGGUCAACCACUUCACCAGGCAGACUACUUCCUUCAGCUUGGCAGAUCAGUCGGAUCUCGAUCUCCGGCUCGAAGGGUGUGUUAUUGAAGUACUCUCCAACGAAGGGGAGCUUCUCAUGAGCCUGAGGGACGGUCGGCUGGCACUCAUCACGAUCCGCGUUGACGGUAGAACCGUCUCUGGUCUCAAUGUGCGACUGAUCACCCCGGAGUGUGGAGGUGAGAUAUUACCAUCGGGUGCCGCCACAAUCUCUCGGCUCGGCCGAAGUGCCAUGUUUGUCGGUAGCGAGACGGGCGAUUCUCUCGUCGUUGGCUGGACGCGAAAGCAGGGCCAGACAUCGAGGCGGAAACCUAGAGUUGAUGAGACGAUUGACGAGGAGGCCGAGGACGACUUCCUCGACGAAGAUGAUGAGGAUGACCUCUAUGGCGAUGAGCCAGUCGCAAAAACGCCUAGUGGUGCGGGUACCGGUGGUACUGGUGGCGAGCUUGUCUUCCGCAUUCACGAUCGGUUGAUCAGCGUUGCGCCGAUACGAGACAUCACCUACGGCAAAGUCUUCACUGGACAGACUGAGGAGGAGCCACAACCUGGAGAGAGCGACAAUGUCCAUCUACAGCUCGUUGCGGCUGUUGGACGAGGCAAAGCGGGUGCGCUUGCGACCAUGAACAGGGACAUCCAUCCCAUUAGUAUAGGGAGGUUUGAGUUUCCGGAAGCUCGUGGGCUGUGGACCAUGUGCGCUUCUAAACCGAUACCAAAGUCGAUCCAAGGAGAAAAGAGUGGCACCACUGUCGGCAACGAGUACGAGUCUCCCGCUCAGCAUGAUAAGUUCAUGAUAGUGGCGAAGGAGGAUGUAGAUGGGUUCGAGACAUCUGAUGUGUAUGCUCUGACCGCUGCGGGGUUCGAGACGCUGAGCGGAACCGAGUUCGAGCCUGCCGCCGGCUUCACCAUCGAGGCCGGCACUAUGGGAAGACACACAAGGAUAGUUCAAGUCUUGAAGUCGGAAGUCCGAUGCUAUGAUGGAGAUUUCGGACUGGCUCAGAUUCUACCGAUGAUUGACGAGGAAACCGGCGCUGAGCCCCGGGUCAUCAGUGCGAGCAUUGCAGACCCUUAUCUCCUGCUCAUCAGGGACGAUUCCAGUGCCGUUGUUGCAGCGCUUAAUAAGGACAACGAGCUGGAAGAACUGGACAGGGGCGACAAGAUCUUAGUCUCCACAAAGUGGUUGACUGGAUGUCUUUAUACUGACUCCCAGGGCGUCUUUUCCAAGGUGGAUAGCAACCAGGGGAAAGAAUCCGAGAAUGUCAUGAUGUUCCUGCUCAGCGCCACAGGAUCUUUCUAUGUUUAUGCACUUCCCAACCUAGCAGAGCCCGUCUAUGUCACCGAAGGUCUCUGCUAUGUCCCCCCGACCCUCGCUAUAGACUUUGUCGCCAGGAGAGGCAUGCCAAAGGAAAUCAUUACAGAGAUACUCGUAGCAGACCUCGGCGACACAAUCGCCAAGCAUCCUUACCUUGUUCUUCGGCAUGCCAAUGAUGACUUUUCCAUCUACCAACCCAUCCGCCGGUCGGAGCUGACAGGGGCGCUAUCCGCCUCCCUAAGGUUCCAGAAGCUGCAGAACACAACCUUUGCCAAGAGCCCUGAAGUUGCGGCGGAAGAUGACGCUUCCAAUCAGCGGAGAAAUAUGCCGCUCCGCGCCUGCGCCAACCUUGCCGGCUACAGCACCGUGUUCCUCCCAGGAGCAUCCCCAAGCUUCAUCAUGAAGAGCGCCAAAUCAACGCCCAAGGUUGUCCGUCUAGGCGGCUCUGGGGUUCGAGCUCUGAGCACCUUCCACACCGAGGGCUGCGAGCGUGGUUUCAUAUACGCCGACUCUGAAGGCAUCGCCAGGGUCAGCCAGAUCCCAGAUGACUGCAGCUUUGCCGAGAGCGGGCUCUGCAUCAAGAAGAUCCCGCUCGACAUUGACGUCGGCGCCGUCGCGUACCACCCGCCCACCGAGGUGUACGCGGCGGCCUGCAGCACUUGGGAACCAUUUGAGCUGCCCAAGGACGAUAGCCACCAUCACGAGUGGGCCAAGGAGUCCAUCACGAUGAAGCCCCUGGUUGAGCGCGGCGCCCUCAAGCUCGUCAGCCCCGUCAACUGGUCCGUCAUAGAUACGGUGGAGAUGGAGCCCUACGAGAUCAUCCUGUGCGUCAAGACGCUGAACCUCGAGGUGUCAGAGUCUACCAACGAACGCAAGCAGUUGAUCACAGUCGGCACCGGCGUCUCUCGUGGCGAGGACUUGCCCAUCCGAGGGCGCAUUCUCGUCUACGACGUCGCCAGCGUCAUCCCCGAGCCUGGUAGGCCCGAAACCAACAAGAAGCUCAAGCUGGUCGCUAAGGAAGACAUCCCGCGUGGCGCCAUCACCGCCAUCUCGGAGAUUGGCACCCAGGGCCUCAUGCUCGUUGCACAGGGGCAGAAGUGCAUGGUUCGAGGCCUGAAGGAGGACGGGACCCUACUCCCGGUCGCCUUUAUGGACAUGAACUGCUACGUCACUGCCGCCAAGGAGUUGCCGGGCACGGGCCUGUGUCUUAUGGCUGACGCCUUCAAAGGCGUCUGGUUCACGGGCUACACGGAGGAGCCCUACAAGAUGAUGCUCUUUGGCAAGAGCUCCUCGCGCCUCGAGGUCCUCAACGUCGACUUCUUGCCCGACGGACGCGAUCUGUCUAUCAUUGCCGCCGAUGCAGACGGCAACAUCCAUGUGCUCAAAUUCGACCCUGAGCACCCCAAAUCCCUCCAAGGCCACCUCCUUAUCCACCGCACGACCUUCUCGACCGGCGCUCACACCCCCUCGCACUCUCUCCUCCUCCCGUCCACGGCCGUUACCACCGUCCUGCAGAGCCAGCAACUCCAGGCCGACGCCAUGGACACCUCCGCCGACGGAGGCGGGCCCCUGCCGCCCCCGCAGCACCUCCUCCUCGCCUCGGGGGACACGGGCGCCCUGGCCGCCCUGUACCCGCUCCCCGAGGCCACGUACCGGCGCCUCUCGUCCCUGGCCUCCCAGCUGGCCAACUCGCUCCCGCACGCCGCGGGGCUCAACCCCAAGGCCCACCGCGCGCCGUCCUCGUCGGCCAGCCAGGCCGCGGGCGUCGACGCCGGCGGCGCGGGCCGCACCGUCGUCGACGGGUCCAUGCUCGCGCGCUGGGCGGAGCUGGGGUCCGGGAGGAGGGCCGAGGUCGCCGGCCGGGCGGGCUACGGCGACGCGCUCGAGGUCCGGGCCGAGCUCGAGAUGGUGCUCGGGUGGGGACGGAUGGAGUACUUUUGA